AUGGCUUUCAACGAUGACCGGGACAGACCGUUACCUGAAGUGAAGAGCUUCGAUAGUGCUACUGUGACAAAUGAAGAUAUUGUCGCAGCACUGAUAAAAGCCGGUGGAUGUGUUAUUAAAAACGUACUCACUCCGGAUGUUUUGGCUGAAAUCGAGAAGGACACGAGAGAGCACAUCACGGCAGACAAACCUUGGGAUGGUACCUUCUUUCCCAUUCAAACUCGUCGAGUCAAUGGCCUAGCAUCAAAAUCCAAGAUCUUCAUGGAGAAGCUAGUGAACAACAAGAUCUUGCAAGACUGUUCCGAGACCAUGUUGUCCAGUACGGUUCAGAAUUGGGUCGGUGAUGUUUUCGAGACCAGCACAUCGCACCCGCAACUUCACAACACUAUUGUCUUUUCGAUUGGCCCUGGAGCUGCUCCGCAGCCUUUACAUCGCGAUGACAUGGUACACCAUCGUAUUCUCCAGCGGAAGGACUCGCUUGAUUACACCAUGGGCCAGGAUAGCGCCAUUGGCUUCUUCGUUGGGGGAAAGAAGACCUCCAAGGCGAAUGGCGCCACGCGAUUCAUUCCAGGGUCUCAUCUCUGGGAUCAUGCCACUCCACCAUCGGAAGAACUGGCUGUCUAUGCUGAGCUGGAAGCUGGAGAUGGGUUCAUUAUGCUCGCGUCAUGUUACCAUGGUGGAUCGGCAAACACGACUGAGGAUCAAGAACGCUUGGUGUAUAGUUGUUUUAUGACGAAGGGAUAUCUACGUCAAGAAGAAAACCAGUACUUGAACAACAAACCAGAAGUUCUCAAUCAAUUCUAUAGCGACGAGAUGCUUAAACUCAUUGGAUACAAUCUCAGUGCACCGUUCCUUGGAUGGGUUAAGGAGGGCCAUCCAUUGGCUGCUCUUGGAAGGGAGCAGCCACUGGGAGAUAUGUAUUAA